ACCAGAUCUCUCUACAUACAGAAAGCGAAUAGAGCCGCCUGCGCUCCAACAAGGUCAACACAAUGGGGCUGCUUGCUGAGUCAAGGACGCGCCGGAGAAUCCAGCACGAUCCCAACAACACAAGAUGGACUCGCGACACCACCACGUUCGGCCAGAAGAUGCUGAGAUCACAAGGCUGGGAGCCCGGUCAGUUCUUGGGAGCCAAAGAUUCAGCGCACUCUGAAUUCCACACCGCUGCGAAUGCGUCGUAUAUUCGGGUCUCGCUCAAAGAUGACAUGAAGGGUCUUGGCUAUAGCAAGUCCAAGGAGGACGAAGUCACCGGUCUCGACGUCUUCUCCGAUUUAUUGAGCCGCCUGAACGGAAAAUCUGAAGCUGAAGUGGAAGAGAAGCAACAAGCCAGACUGCAGGUUAAGAUGCACGCUUACGUGGAGCAGAAAUGGGGUCCAAUGAGAUUCGUGCGAGGAGGUCUGUUGGUUGGUGAUGUCAUGGAAGAGGAGAACGACGAGUCAAAGGGCAAUUCGGAUGAAUCAGAGAGUUCUUCUGAAACAGACAACAAGAAAUCCAAGAAGAGAAAAGCGGAAGCUCUGAAAGACGAGGAUGGGCAAUCGGCAGAUGAAGAAGACGAGAAGAAGAAGAAGAAGCAGCGAAAGGAGGAGCGAAAGGCUAAGAAGUCGGCAAAAUCUGAUUCAGCCGAAUCCAGCGACUCGGAGAAGGCCAAGAAGAGGGAGAAGAAGGAGAAGAAGAAGGAAAAGAAAGAGAAGAAGGAAAAGAAGAAGUCGAAGAAAGAAAAGGCCCUAGCCGAAAAGGAGACCAGUGAAGAUGCUACAGAAUCAGACGAUGCAGUGGAGAACCCAUCAUCGUCUAACAGUGGCUCAGAAAAGACAACGAGCUCUAAGAAGGAUAAAAGGGAGAAGAAAGAGAAGAAGGACAAGAAGGACAAGGAUAAGAAGAAGAAGAAGAAGGAUGCGGACACAUCUGACACAGAGAUGCCCGAUGCGACCCCCUUGGAUUCGCGUUCUGGGACGGCUACUCCGAUAAGUACAGGCACAUCAACACCAAUGAGCCGCAACUUUGUCAGAUCUCGAUUCAUUGCCCAGAAGAGAGCUGCGUUCGCAGAUACCCAAGCAUUAAAACAGAUCUUCAUGGUGAAGGCAUAGAAGGGUAAUCAAUUCUAAGCGUGGCGUUGAUUUAAUAAAAAGUCUUUUGCACUUCAUUCUCGAUUGCUCGAAGGGCUUAGCUUAGAUCGGAAAUCUUUUACAAAGGCGUAGAGCAGAAGAUUCUGGUAUAAUUGCGUAUAGAGCAUUGUUGGCGUUGUAUAUACAAACGGAGGUGGGCCGUCAGUUCGGAAACUUUGCAUAUAGUUAUUGGUAUUUUAUUGUUAAAACAUAACCUUUGAAUUUUC